GACUCUUUCAAACUAGUGGAGGUGCCCAAAGCUCAUCAUACAUCCACGCGCAGUCCUUUCACCCGGACUAAACUAAACUAAACUUUACUUUGCAAUCAUUAUUUUAUUAAACCCAAGAAAAUAUUUAGCACUUAUUUUGAAGAGAAUAUGGGAAGAGAAAUCCUUGUUUUGCACAUCAUCUGGAUGUAUUUUUUGAGUUUUUCUUGCAGUCUUUCAACCACUGUUUCUCCAACAUUGGAAACGAGCACAUUCAGCAACAUUACAACCAACUCUACGGACUGGAUGGUGGAAUUAAGCGACAUUGAGUCCAAAUUUGCUCUGAGAACAAUUGAGGAACCGGAGGACGAUCUAUGCUACAUUGUUCCUGGCCAACGGGACACCAUUAAAGAAUGCAAUUUCAAUCCAGACACCAAGACUUUUGUAGUUAUUCAUGGAUGGACUGUCACUGGCAUGUACGAGAGUUGGGUUACCAAACUGGUGACAGCUCUGUAUGAACGCGAGCCAGCAGCCAACGUCAUUGUGGUGGACUGGCUUGUCCGGGCACAGCAACAUUACCCAACCUCUGCUGCCUACACCAAGCUUGUUGGCCAUGAUGUGGCCAAGUUUGUCAACUGGCUACAGGCUGAGCUGGAGUAUCCAUGGGAAAAGAUUCACCUACUAGGUUACAGUUUGGGUGCUCAUGUUGCCGGCAUUGCAGGACUUCUCACAAGAAACAAAGUCAGCAGGAUCACAGGCAUGGAUCCAGCUGGCCCAAGCUUUGAGUAUGCUGAUGCCCAGAGCACACUUUCCCCAGAUGAUGCCCAGUUUGUUGAUGUGCUCCACACCAACACCCGGGGCUCACCGGACCGCAGCAUCGGCAUCCAGAGGCCUGUGGGUCAUGUGGACUUCUACCCAAAUGGAGGGACGUUCCAGCCUGGAUGUGAUCUACAGAACACCAUGAUGAUGGUGGCUACCACAGGGUUGAGAAACAUGGACCAGAUUGUGAAAUGUUCCCAUGAGCGCUCCAUCCACCUCUUCAUCGACUCUUUGGUCAACAUGAAGCAGCAAAGCAUGGCGUACCGCUGCAGCUCCAAGGAAACCUUCAACAAGGGUGUGUGUCUGAGCUGCCGCAAGAACCGCUGCAACAAGGUGGGCUAUGAGGUCAACAAGGUGCGCAGCCGCCGGAGUAGCAAGAUGUACAUGAAGACCAGAGAGAUGAUGCCGUACAAAGUUUUCCACUACCAAGUUAAAGUCCAUUUCUUCAGCAAGAGCCAGCUAAGCUAUACAGAUCAGCCCAUGAAGAUUUCUCUGUAUGGCUACUCUGGAGAGAAGGAGAACAUUCCCUACAUUAUACCUGCUUUGAAAACCAACACCACCAUCUCCUUCUUACUCACCACGGAUGUGGACAUUGGAGAGCUACUGAUGGUGAAGAUUCUCUGGGAGAAGGAUACUAUCCUCAGCUGGCCCUGGUGGAACCCAGACACUUUCCACAUUCGCAAGCUGCGCAUCAAAUCUGGGGAAACACAGUCCAGAGUGCUCUUCACUGCCAAGGAUGGUGAGUUCUCCUACCUUGCCCGUGGAGGAGAUGUCGCUGUGUUUGUGAAAGAUAAAGAAGCUCAGUCAAGCCGCAAAAGUGAAAGAUUGCACAAGUUGAAGAUGCAUGGCAGCUCAUUCAAAAAUACUGCCUUAGACGCUUAGAGAGGCCCUUACUCGUCCAGCAUUUUGCCAGAAACUGAGGGGAACCUGCUGAAACGAGACAGGGAGAGAGACGGUGCAGUUUCUGUACAUUCUGAACCGAGCAAGAUGCAGAAUUGUAGCAAUUAUGUGACCUUCACCCAUAAGCACAUCCUGUAAGGAACCUUUACUUGUGAUAACCUUAAACUGCUGAGCAGUUUUAAAGAAAUGCCUAAUAUCUAAUUACCGCAAAGUAUUAUUGAUUAGCUGAACUGCUCACUGGAGCUCAGAGUAGAGCCAGAACUUGGACCCUGACCACUUCUUAUUUGCUGUAAGUAGGCAUGUGCAUGUUCAACAAACUUCAUGAAUGAAAUGCUGCUUGAGGUUUGUCUGUGGUAGAAAAAUCUGACCAAUGAGACCAGCAAUGAUGUUAUGAUAAUAGUGUUAGGACAAUCAUGCACAUGCCUAGAUGCUAAAUAUUUCUUUAAAUAAAAGAUAUGGAGUCCUUUAUUGUUAUGCAAUAUAUUUGUACGUAUAUGUAAGUAAACUGUUACACUGUUAUAAUGUGUGUAUUGAAUUUUUGUCAGCUUUGGUCAAACCUAAGCAAAAGUAAUAAACAAUGACUGAUUCAUUGACUGAA